AUGGUAUCCAACGCGAGACCUCUAGCCAUCCUGGCCAGCUACAUGGUCACGGCUGCGGCUCUCACCGUCCGCUGUAUUGGCAUCGUCCGUCGUCACCCAGUCCAGAAGGCCAAAAAGAGCGCCGGAUCAUUAGUGCUUUUCAGCGCGCUGGCCGCGGUCAGCCUCGCAACAACAUGGUCGUAUAUGUUUGGCUAUUUCAGGUGGUCCUACUUUGACUGGGCUGCCAAUACCCCAAGCGCGACUGCUGAUGACCAGUUACACUUGGGAGAGUGGCUGCGGGACACAUCACUGUUCAAGCAAGCCUGGUUCUCCGCUCUAGAAACGCCAGCCAGAGCAUGGUGGACACUUCAGAUUUUUGGUUUCUGUGCUAUCUGGAGCGUGAUGCUCUCUGUCCAAGCCAAGAAGAGAAACAUCCCCCAGAUCUGGGCUUUUAUGCUUCUGGGGCAGAUUGUUGCCAUAUCCUUUGCCAGCAAUCUUUUCUUCCUUGCUGUGCUUGCACACGAUGUCAAGGAUGAGAAGAAACCAGCUCAAAGUAAACAAAAGCCAUCAUCGCGGACUUCAGAUAUCCUGAUCCUCGUCGUCAACCUGGCUGUGACCCUCUUUCUGUUCGGAAAUCUGGACAGCCCUUACUUUCUCUUUCUGCUCCUUGCGCCACACGUUUUGGCCUUUGUGCCACUUUUGAGGGACGGUAUAUCAUCCGGGAGCACAGAAUCCAGCCAACUUCGCGAGCCAUCCAAGGUAUUGCAGUUCGGCAUUCUUGCGGCAGUCCUGGCUGCCGGGACAUCGCAACCCAUUGCCAGCGGGGAGACUUGGAAGAGCAUCCUGGACACACUGUAUGAGCACCCAGCUGUGAGCAGCGUAGGAUGGGACGUGAUCUGCUGCUGGGUGAGCUAUACCGCGUGGUUCCUUGUCCGGGAUUCGGAGUGA